CUGGAUGUCUGUCGCACAAUAUCCAAAUUGCAUAGCUUAGUAAGCAAUGCGAAUCCAAAGGGGACAAAUGCCCUGUCCUAGUAAUGGUCAAUCUAAACCACCCUUCGAUUCCAAUUUCUUCAGCUCUCCAGUAAGUAACCACUUCGCAUUUACCCAAACAUGUUGCUGAACAAUCCGACUAGUAAGUAAUAUCCUCUCCGUAUCCCCCACUCGAACACCCCCAAUUUUGUCCCAUCCAGUAUCCCAUAUCCCAAACACAUGAAAAUUAGAAAAACCCCUAUACAAUAAGUUUCAAAAUUUCCCCAAUUUCAGAACUUUGACAAUAAAUUUAUUCGAUUAUUUGCUGUUUUAUUCUCAAUUACUUCAUUUUUCGUUCUGGGUUUUGUUCAUAUUCUGUUCUUUUAUUGUAAUUUAUCGAAAUGGCGCUCGAGUCUUGUGUCCUGGCUCCGAAUAUGUUCGUUUCCGGGUCGAAAUCAUGGAGUCUCUUGUGUUGCAAUCGGAAAACAAAGUUUCCGGUAAAGGUUUUGCUGCAAAAUAAUCGGUACCCGUUUCGAUUCGGGCCGAAUUGUAUCGGUAGUAGUGGUGUGAAGAGGUUCUUAGCUCCAAGGUUUGAAGGAGUUGACUUACUUGUUAAUAGAGCUCCGUUGAAAGCUUUAGGUGAAGAUAGGGAGAGUGUGGGUGGUACGAAUUCUGUUUCGGGUUCGAAAUUUGAUUUUGUUAAGGAAUUGGUGAAGUGUGGUGUAGUUUUGGCAGCUGUGGUUGGUGGGGUUUUGAUUUAUGGCUGUAGGAGAGCUUUUGCUGUGGAGGGUGUGGUCAAUGCAGGUUAUGGGGUUAUUGGGCAGAGCAUAUUGUUGCUCAGGAAUGCCUGGCCCAAGACUUUGCAGGUACUGCAGGUGUUCAAAGAGCAGGGUUUGAUUUUGGCGGCGCUUUUGGGUCUCUCGGCGUUUUUCUCAAUGGCGGAGACUUCAAUUACGACCCUCUGGCCCUGGAAGAUUCGUGAGUUGGCUGAGAAAGAGUCUGAAAAUGGCGUCUUCAAAUUGCUUCGCAACGAUGUUACGCGGUUCUUGACAACCAUACUUAUUGGCACAACUGUUGUCAAUAUUGGAGCAACUGCUUUAGUUACAGAUGCUGCAACAGCAAUAUUUGGUGAAGCUGGUGUCACUGCAGCAACGGGCAUAAUGACUGUUGCUAUUUUGCUUCUCACCGAAAUAACUCCGAAAAGUGUUGCUGUUCACAACCCCACAGAGGUUGCAAGGUUUGUGGUUAGGCCAGUGGCGUGGCUUUCAUUGGUACUAUAUCCAGUGGGGAGAAUUGUUACAUAUCUAUCGAUGGGGAUGCUAAAAAUACUUGGGUUAAAAGGAAGAAGCGAACCGUAUGUUACUGAAGAGGAGUUAAAACUGAUGCUGCGGGGGGCAGAGUUGAGUGGGGCAAUAGAGGAGGAAGAACAGGAUAUGAUCGAAAAUGUGUUGGAGAUCAAAGAUACUCAUGUUAGGGAGGUGAUGACGCCUCUCGUAGACGUAGUUGCCAUCGAUGCCAGUGCAACGCUAGUUGAUUUUCACGACCUGUGGGUAACUCAUCAAUAUUCAAGGGUACCUGUAUUUGAGCAGCGUGUUGACAAUAUAGUAGGAAUAGCAUAUGCAAUGGAUCUACUGGAUUAUGUUCAGAAGGGUGAGCUACUAGAAAGUACUACUGUGGGGGAUAUGGCUCAAAAACCUGCUUACUUUGUGCCUGAUUCAAUGUCUGUUUGGAAUCUUCUUAGGGAGUUCCGCAUUCGAAAGGUUCACAUGGCCGUGGUUCUUAACGAAUAUGGUGGAACUGUUGGGAUAGUAACCCUGGAAGAUGUGGUUGAGGAAAUUGUUGGUGAAAUAUUUGAUGAAAAUGAUUCAAAAGAGGAGAUUCAGAAAAAAACUGGCUACGUUGUGAUGCGUGCAGAGGGGAUAUUCGAUGUAGAUGCAAACACAUCUAUUGACCAGCUCUCUGAAGAUCUAAACGUCAAGAUGCCAGAGGGUCAUCAAUAUGAGACAGUAUCAGGUUUUAUAUGCGAGGCAUUUGGAUAUAUCCCAAGGACGGGUGAGAGCAUCAAAGUUGUUCUUGAAAAUGAAAAUGAAGAGGAGAUUGACGAGAGCAAGUCUGAAAACCAGGAUAAAAAAGAAAAGCACCAAAUUUUUAAACUUGAGAUACUAGCAGGAAAUGCCAGAAAGGUCGGUGCUGUUCGAUUUGAAAGGAUAGAGAAUGAUCCUGCUACAUUGGAGACCAAAGAGGUGACCCGCUUGGUUCCCAAAAUCAUGAAAAGAAAGUGGAAUGGUGAUCGGGACUCGGAUGGUACAGACUACGAUGAAGAUUCAUUUCAGAAGAGACCACAGAACACCAUAUCUGAUGAACAUGAAGACACUGUUGAUAAUGUCAGUAGACAUUAGUUGCAUUUCGCGCGAUUCCAUUUUUGACGGAAUCAUACAAGAGGUAAAAAUUGAGAACAAAAUAACAAGAAGAAUCAGGAAGGAAUACCGUAAAAAGAUUCAAAGAUUUGAGUACCAAGAUUUGAAAUUUUCACAGUAACCUGUCCUGAUGUAUAUCUGGUAUUUGAUAUCGAGAAAAGUGUGUGAUGUACAUAGAGCCAUCGUUGAGGGAGAUAACCUAGGUUGAUGGAACAAUCAAUUUAGAAAACAAAACCAAACUAGCUGAUUUGUACUGUCACUGGAUUGUUCUUCCAAUUUUGUUAUUUGCAUUGAGCUCCCUCUACUGUCAAAAUUUCCGAGCUUUGUUGCAUCACAAUUGAUGAAAUGGUGCAGUCGCUUCAGUUCCUCCCACCAAAUUGAUGAAGACCUGUAACUUGCCAAUGAAGAUGGAGAGUACUCUUUUGAAAAAAAAACAUAGGUUUUUUAUAUUCAUGUCAUGUUCUGAAAUAAUUAAGCUGUCAUCCAAGUCGGGGUUUGCAGGACUUCUUGUUUUUUCAGCCAUCUUGUAGUUAAACCAUAUCCAGACUGAGAAUUCGUCCAGUUCUUUGAGCAUGUAUCUUCUCAUGUUGUUGCUCUGUAGUCUGUAGGUAUGGUCAAUAAUCUUUUCUUUCCUUCAUUUCGGCCCAAAAAAGGGCUUCGGUUUGCUGUUUGUAGUUUGCUAUUAAACUUAUUGAACUUGAAAUGGGCAGGAUUUAUCAUUUUGAA